AUGGAUAGUGCAGUGAGGAGUUCUUCAUUUAAAAUCCUGCUGCUAAACCGAAGGAAAGGACACAAGGAACUGUGGCCAGGAUUAGAACCUCUUCCUCCUGCAGCAUAUUUGCCAGAUGGCAAGUUUAUUGAAUCUGGUUUUAACUUACUAGGGCUUAAAGGAAUGAACACAGCUCAGAGAACUGCCUUUGGUCUCUACUUCCCCAGGAAAGAGUACUCGGAGAAUGUCUACAUUGAUCAGCCGGCAGGUACGCCACUCCUGCGCAUCCAUGCCUUGAGAGAUUCACAUGGGGAAGUGGCCCACUUUCAUCUGUGCCAGAAUCUCAUCAUUUCUCGAGCAAGAUCCCAUGAAAAUCACUGGUUUCAAAUCAGAGGAAGAACAGGACUUCUCUACCUUAGCAAAAGCCUGGAUAGAGAAGACUUUAACAUGCUGUCUGUAGGAAACUGGAUGCCAUUAUCAAAGGUGAUGCUGUACGUCUUCCUUUCAUCCCACCCUUUCCAAGAGAAGGAAUGUGACUCUGCUACGCGCACGACAGUUUUCCUCUCCUUGAUCAAUGCUACUGCACCAGCUUGCAGUUCCCUGACAGCAAGGCAGCUUUGCUUCACAGAAAUGGAUCUCUCCUUUCACAUCAAAGAGAAUAAACCACCUGGUACAUUUCAUCAGCUCCAGUUACCCUCAGUUCAUCAUCUGUGUCAGAAUCUCAGCAUUUCCUACAAACUGCUGGCAGCUGAAGGUAUGCCCUUUCGAUACAAUGAGAACACCACCGGCGUGAGUGUGACGCAGCGCCUAGAUCGAGAAGAAAGAGAGAGAUAUGAGCUGAUUGCCAAAUGUACCGUGAGAGAGGGCUUCAGGGAAAUGCAGGUUGAGGUGCCCUUCCUGGUGAAUGUCUUGGAUGAAGAUGACUCUCCUCCCUUCCUUCCCAAUGGCACUGACACUGCAGAUGCUGUCGUGGAGUUCAACAGGAAAGAGGGAACUGUCCUUGCAACUCUAACUGUAUACGAUGCAGACACCACACCUAUUUAUCCCCUUGAAAGCAGCAGAAAGAAAUACACAGGAACCAUCAUUACCGAUGAUCCCUGGAUAAGUGAAACAUUUCGGGUAGAGCACAUCUUCGAUGAAAUCCACUUCAGCCCAAAUGGCAGCCAAGUGAGGGGGACUCAACAUGAGUACAAACUGGUACUGAAUAAAAGUAUUUCAGUCACAGAGCAUCGUUCCUUCCAGUUGGAUGUUUUGGUGAAUGACACAGAAUUUCAUGGCCCAGAAAGAUCGGUCAUGCUUCAUUUCAAUGUCUCCAUCCUCCCCGUCAGCAUUCAGUUUCCAAACAUGACUUACCAGUUCACAGUGAACAGAAAUGCUGAACGUUUUGCACAAAUAGGAAAAAUCUGCAUUGAAAACUGUAUGAAAUUCCGUGGUGUGAACAUCACCUACAAGUUACUGUCCCCCAAUGUAAGCUGCUAUCCUGUCAGCAUACUUCAAGGCCGAGAAGAUAAAUGGGGAAGCCUUUAUGUGAAUGAUUCCUCUGUGCUGCACAGACCCGAAUGCAAGGAAAUACAAUACACUAUUCAAGCUACAGACAAGCAGAGCAGGAAACAUACCAAAACCCUCCUCACUAUUGUAUUGGAAGGAACUCUUUUAAAAAAAGAGGAGGACUGCCCUGACUCUUGUGCUGUGAGUAAGCACCAUGCUGAAUGUGAAGAGUGUGGUGGCCUGGGAGUGCUAACAGGAAGAUGCCAGUGGAGACAGGGGAGUGGAAAAGGGAUCACCACGAACUAUUCCACAUGCACCCCGAGUAUCAAGACUUGUCCAGAUGGCAUCUGUGAUGUGAUUGAGAGCAAAGAUCCAGCUGUGUGCCCCCAAGACUGCACAAGUGGAAACAUUAUUGGUGGUCACGGGAAAGGCAUUGGAAAUCUUGGAAUUAAGUCAGGACAUGGGAUUUGUUACUGCUUCCCAAGACAGAACUGUUAUUGUGAGAAAGAUGAUAUCAAGGAGCAACUAUGUGAUGACGUGUGCAAGACUGUGAUAGCAGGGGCAGUACUGCUGUCCUUCAUCAUCUCUGUGCUGCUUUCUUCCUAUUUCAUCCAUCGUUACCACAAGAACUCUCCAAAGCCACCAAUUGCCUCUGCAGAAAUGACAUUCCGGCGCCCAGCCCAGUCCUACCCCAUCAGUUAUUCUUCCACUAAUGUCCGCCGACCUUCUUUAGAUUCCAUGGAGAACCAGGUGUCUGUAGACACCUUUAAAAUACCAGAAGAUCCAAAGUGGGAAUUCCCUCGGAAGAACCUGGUUCUGGGCAAGACUCUUGGAGAAGGAGAGUUUGGAAAAGUUGUCAAGGCAACAGCAUUCCGACUCAAGGGAAGAGCUGGCUAUACCACUGUGGCAGUGAAAAUGCUAAAAGAAAAUGCUUCCCAGAGUGAGCUGCGAGAUCUACUUUCGGAGUUCAACCUUUUGAAACAGGUGAACCAUCCUCAUGUCAUCAAACUUUAUGGAGCCUGCAGUCAAGAUGGCCCACUGUAUUUAAUUGUGGAAUACGCUAAAUACGGCUCCUUGCGCAGUUUUCUGAGAGAAAGUCGAAAAGUAGGACCAAGCUAUGUGGGUAGUGAUGGCAACAGAAAUUCAAGUUAUUUGGAUAAUCCUGAUGAGAGAGCCUUAACAAUGGGAGAUCUGAUCUCAUUUGCAUGGCAGAUAUCACGAGGAAUGCAGUACCUUGCAGAAAUGAAGCUUGUCCAUCGUGAUUUAGCAGCCAGAAAUGUAUUGGUGGCAGAAGGGCGCAAAAUGAAGAUUUCUGAUUUUGGCCUCUCCCGUGAUGUUUAUGAAGAAGAUUCAUACGUCAAGAGGAGCAAGGGUCGGAUACCUGUUAAAUGGAUGGCCAUAGAGUCCCUGUUUGAUCAUAUCUAUACAACACAAAGCGAUGUAUGGUCAUUUGGAGUUCUGCUAUGGGAGAUUGUAACUUUGGGAGGCAAUCCCUACCCAGGUAUUGCUCCUGAAAGACUCUUUAACCUCCUAAAAACAGGCUAUAGAAUGGAGAGACCAGAAAACUGCAGUGAAGAAAUGUACAACCUGAUGUUGCGCUGUUGGAAGCAAGAACCCGAUAAAAGACCAACAUUUGCUGAGAUCAGCAAGGAACUAGAGAAAAUGAUGGUGAAGAGUAGGGACUACUUAGAUCUUGCAGCUUCCACACCUUCUGAUUCCUUACUUUAUGAUGAUGGGCUCUCAGAAGAGGAGACACCACUCGUGGACUGCAUGUCAUACCCGAACUGGCCUGAGGAGAGCCCCGUUCCACUCACAAGAUUCGAUGGCACUAACUCUGUGUUUUCAAGAUAUGCAAAUGAUAGUGUAUAUGCUAACUGGAUGGUUUCACACUCAGCGGCAAAAUUUAUGGACAAGUUUGAUAGCUAA